UCAAAAACUGGUUUAUCUCUCCCUGCUAACCCCCAUCCACCCGCCUGGUCCCCACAACCCCAGACACACGUACUAACCACGAAUCCAUCUAUCACUGGACACUUGCAUUGGAAAUAUCCAUUGACGGCCUCCAUAGCCUUCUGUGGCAAAGAAUUCCACAGAUUCACCAACUUCUGACUCAAGAAAUUCCUGCUUUAACGAACGUCCUUUCAUUCUGAGGCUAUGAAGUCUAGCCCUAGACUCCCCCCACUGUAGGAAACAUCUUCUGCACAUCCACACUUUGCCAUCCCCUCUCACCCUCUCUUCUUGAUCUUGCAGGAGCUCUCCCUCGCUCCGAAUAGCUUUAGGCGUCUCCACUGGGCACUAAGGGGAUACCCUUUGGCCUCCAUUAUCACCUGAAUAUGAUCACCAGUGGUAACGACUGUCUUUGCCCUUACACAAUCCAAGGUGAAGACUGGACGGGUCUCGCUCCGUCCCCAUACUCUCUCUAUCUCUCUCUCCCCACCAUCCACCCCGUCUCUCCCUCUCUUCUGCGCUCGCUGCCUCUCCAUCCAUCUGCACCACUCCCUAACCCUCCCUCUCUCCCCACUCCCUCGUUCUCUCCACCGUUUCUAUCCCACUACCCCAUCUUUCUCUGCCCCAAUCCCACUUUACAACCUAAUAUCUUCACCCCACUCCCUCGAGUUGUCAAACUGCAAAGGGCACACAGAGAGGAUCUACGAGGAUGUUGCCUGGGCGAGAUGGACAGAGCUGCCGGCAGAGAUUAAACAGGCUGGAACUCUAUGCAUUGGAGCUCAGGAGGAUGAGGGGUGAAACGUCACUCAUGCCUUCUCUCCAGAGAUGCUGCCUGUCCCGCUGAGUUACUCCAGCAUUUUGUGUCUAUCAUCUGUAUAACAUAAUGAGAGGAAUGGAUUGGGUACAGGCAUUCUCAUGUCCAGAAAGGGUGAAUCGAGGACUAAAGGACAAAGGUUUAAGACUCGCCAUGGACCACUCUCCGGACCCGUCCCAUCUUCUCUCCCCCAUGGCCCUUCGCCGCUUGGCCCGCUCCUGUCUGCUGGAAGACUGCCCACACUUUGACUGGGCUGGGGCGGUGGUGGGAGAGGGGCGGCGACUGGCCACGAUCCUGCUCAAGUCUCCGGGGGUGCUGGCCGGGAUCCCGUUUGCGGUGGCUGUCUUCCAGGAGCUGGGACUGAGGGCAAACUGGCUGCGGACGGAGGGCGAGUGGAUCGGCGACCCGUGUCCGGUAGCCCAGAUCUGGGGGCCAGCCCGGCACCUCUUGUUAGCCGAGAGGCCCGUUCUCAACCUCCUGGGCCGGGCGGGGGCGAUCGCCAGCGUGUGCCGGAGGGCCACGGAGCGAGCCUCGUCCCUGGGGUGGCGGGGAGCGCUGGCCGGCACCAGGAAGACGGCGCCGGGACUCCGCUUGCUGGAGAAACACGCCAUGGCGGUGGGCGGUGCUCAACCUCACCGACUGGGGCUGGGAGACCUCAUCAUGGUGAAGGACAACCAUCUAGCCGUGGUGGGGGACGUGGACAAGGCUGUCAGAGAUGCCCGAGCCUUCGCCGGCAUCUUCUGCAAGGUUGAAGUGGAGGUGAGUUCGCUAGAAGAAGCCCGUCAGGCCGCACGGGCCCGGGCCGACAUCGUGAUGCUGGACAACCUCACUCCACAGGGCGUCCGGGAGACGGCACGGGCUCUGAAGGAAGAGUUCCCGACCCUGCUGAUUGAAGCGAGCGGAGGAAUCACCGAGGAGACCCUCCCUCUGUAUCUCUGCCCGUUUGUCGACGUGAUCUCCCUGGGGUCCUUCACGCAGAACUUCACCGCUCUCGACUUUUCCAUGAGAAUCGAGCCGGAAAUUGGAGGCGAGCCUGAGCCAGAUUCGGGAAUCCCCAGUGACUGAGGCGUAUCUCGGUCGCCUCCCGAUUAAUAGGGAAAUGUAGAGAGAGCGAAAGAGAGAGAGAGAGAGAAAAUGAGAAAAUGGUACUCCUUCUCCCAAUUCAACGCCCCUCCCCCAAACUCCACUUUGAUAAAGGCUUACUUGAAACAUUC